AUGAACGAUCCUUGGGACCCAGACUUCGAGCCUUGCGACUCAGACUUCGACUCGUCUGAUGGCGAACUUGGGAAAGGUGACAUGUCGGCCCACUUCACUCGAGCUCGACAGCGAGAGCGCGAGAAAUUGCUGGCAACUGCCGCCGAGGAUCGUCUCUCGUCAAAGAAAUUCCAGAAACAGCUCACUCCUGGAACCGGAAACCAAAAUACUGACUAUGCCAUGUCGAAGUGGGCACAGAGAUUCCAAGAUGUUCGCGAAGUGACCUUGAAGCUCGACCCAAAGUCCACGCCCAGUGCUAGUGAACUGGAGAGAUUUCUCACUAUCAUCCCCGGAGUGAUCCAAGGCCAGGGCGAGAAUGGCGCUAUUUCGUACGGGUAUCUCGACAUGGGUCUCUUUUACAUCAAAAAGUGGUGCGAGUUCCAGUUUCCGGACUUCAAAGUCACUGCUCACGAUGAGCGCCGUUUCACCGCUACGUUGGCAAGACUGGAACGAGAUGGCGUCCUGACCAAGGAGCGGGUGCAGGAGGCCCAGUGGAUCACCAGUGAAACCGUACACCUCCUCAGCAGAAGUAUGCUGCACGAUGCCAUACAAAAUGGGACUCUCUCCUGGGACGCGAUCAUCAUGAAGACGAUGUCUCUGAUCCUUCAAGCCGCCGUUUCGGGCAGAGCCGGAGAUGUCCGCCGAUCCUUCAGGUACGAUGACCCCGACGACGACGAUAACCUUCGUUGUGUCUGCUGGGAGCACAUUGUCAUGCGUAUGGACUUCAGGGAUGACCAAAGGAUAUUCACCGCCACGGUAACUCUCAAGCAUACCAAAGGGCCAAGGGUUGAAUCUGUCUGUCAUGAACUCACAGAAUUGGUCAAGCCUACUCUGAACUGUGCAUGCCCAAUCAAGCUUGUUCUCAUACAUGCACUACGCGUCGGCGCCGUCCAAGAAACAUCAUGGGAUCAGCUGAGACAGAAUACAUGGGCGCGACGCAGCAAGCGAGUAGUCUGGACUCAUCCGAAGCGACCGGUGAUCUGCGCCAUGGGAGGUACCUCCAGGAAACUCAACUUGGAUACCCCUUCUCCUGCAGACGCGGCUGGCGCCAUGCUGAGAGAAGCUUCUAAAGCAGCCGGGCUUCUAACACCCGUCACCCCCCAUGACAUUCGUAGAGGAGCAGCCAAAGAGAUGGCCCACAUUGGUGGAGCAGCCGCAUCAAUGUCUAUCGAGGCCGCACGUCUGGCACUUGGGCACAGCUACGGAGCCAUGAAAGCUGGCAUCACAGAAAGGUACGUUGGUCAUAACCUUCACGACACGUGGAAAGCAAGACUUGAAGGGAAUAUCCCGCGGAGCGCGAAGCACACUCUUGACUUUUCUUCUGAGCGAUUUACACGCAAGAGACUCGCCGCCGAGCAAAUCGAAGACUCCUGCGACCAGAAUGGCAUGGACCCAGAACAUCCACCACAACGAGCCAGAGCCGCACGAGCUGCACGCAUGGCAGAGUAUCAGACUUGGCGGGACACCCAGCUGAGGCUCAAUGAUUCUGUCCCAGAUGGUAUGGCAGAUGUCCCAGUGCUCGAGACCCAGAUCAACGCAGAUAUUUCGGGCCAACCCACCAGUUCGCGUGAGCACGCAGCCGCCGGCGUGGCCUUGAGUGGAGAGAGAGAGCUUCCAGACCUGCUGUACAUGGGAACCAGACCUGUCCGUCAAAGCAGCGAAUCCAAGAAAACCCUGGUCAACGCCGAACUUGUUGGUGAGCAAAAUCCCCUCAUCGGCAUCUCCGACCCGAUUCUCGACGCAGAGCCUGAUGUCUUCGCCAAUUACCUUUGCACCGUGAACGAGUAUUCAGUCGCAACCAGCGCACCGUCUCUUCCGUUUUGCGCAGAGGCGGGUGGAAGCAGAGACCCCCCAACGCGUAAGAUGCAUCGCUGUACCAAGAUCCCAUGUAACAAGGAGUUUCUCAGCCACCUCGACCGAGACAGACAUAGCCAUACUUGCCAGGCUGAAAUGAGACAAGCUUUUGAUUUCGUCUGCGACAUUUGUGGCGGCAGAUACGCUACUGAGAAACAACUCCAGACGCACGAAGCCGAGCACAAGUGGACGCCUCGUCAUUGUGGAUGGCCUGAUUGCAAGGAAGAUACCGUCUUUCAGAGUCUUGAUGCCCUUCGACUUCACCGCGAGCGAGACCACCAUGACCGACCCACCACUUGCUUUGUGACAGGAUGCGGAAUGACCUUCCGAAGACCCAACAAUUUGAAGAAACAUAUCAUGGAGUUCCAUCCUGACGUAGGAGAAGAGCAACUGACACAGUUUAUGCCCAAAUUGAAACGACAGGCGAUUAAAAAAGACUCUUUCAAACCCCAACCAUGUUCUUACCCCGGAUGUACACACCAGGUUGUGUUCGGAACGCGCUCACAGUACCGAGACCACCUCAAAUACCACGGAGUCAGGGGAGACACCCUGGAUCAGUACGUCAAGGAUGACCCUGGUAACUUUCAAGCGACCACUCCACCGAGACAAAGGGCAGCCAAGUACAAACCUCAGCGAUGCAGCCACCCCGGAUGUGAAUGUCGCCAGCGAUUUGGUCACAGGCAUAAGUUGGUAGCCCACAUCCGAGAAGCCCACGGCGCCACCCUGGAAUCUGAAUUUUCACUCCUCAUACAAUCCGAUCCAGAUACCGAUUAG